AUGAACAGCCCCGAAUCCCCCAAACUCCAGGUUCCCCACUGUGCGACUUGCUCCUGUUCAGUUCAAACAUCGGGAAAUACGAGACGACUCGUGAGAGUGUUGAAUACCGAAUCGAUUGCCACUGCGUCGACAACCCCAUGCUACACCGGCGCAGAUAUUCGGUAUUGCAGCGCGAACAACGAAAGCGAGACGAUAGAUUCAAGGCCUCCUAACCACGGUGUACCGGAGAAGGAGCAUGCAGGUCCUCUUGAAAGUAGGGAUGAAGAUGAGGAGGAGCGAGAUAAUGGACAGCUGAUAGAGCAACGCGACUCGAGUCAUGAGAUUGGCCAAGCUGAGGCCGAAGGGCACACGAGCGAGGUGCUCCACAGGACCACGCACGGCAGAUGGGGAAGUGAAAAUGUGCUCGAAGCUGAAGACUUGGUUGAUCAAGCGAGACAUGUAGGGGAAUAUGCAAGCGAAACUGUCCCUCUUGGAGCCUACGAAAGCGGCAGCUAUGGUGUAAGUAAUCGGAGAAUGGUGCCGGGGUCGACAGCUGGAAUUGACAUGCAGCGGAAUACGUUCUCCGAUUGUGAGACAGUGAGUGUGCUACUAGAGGAUGUCCCGACCACAACUAUGUCGCUUGGCACACAUCUUGAGACUGAAGAUGCCUCCGGAACCGGGCCGAACUAUGGCCAGCAACACCGUCAUCUAUCGCCCACAACACCUACAUGCACCUUUCCAACGCACAAUAAGGAAUUCGCAUCGAGCAUCAAUGUCGGCUUGGAGAGCCCCGCACCAAGUCCAGAAGUCGUGGCAUCGGACAAUUCCAAGAUUUGGCUAGUCUCGGAGGCCCAAGCUCGAGGGAUAUCGCUCUCGGAGUCUAUGGUAGAGCAUUGGUACAAGUACGCCAAGGAAGCAACAACAUUACAAGCGAUCAAGAGCCUCCAGGAAUACUUACGCUUCGCGCGUCAGCACUUGGACGCCGAAUCUAGCAAUCGCAUCGAGCUUCCCGAAUUGCUGACGACCCAACAAAGUCCCACUUACACUGAUGAGGUGGCCGCCACAGAUCUGGCCCUGGCAGAGAAGACCUUUAGAUCUUGUCAACGGGCAAAAACCAUUGGUAACCAGGCAGUGCUAUGUCAGCGGCUCUGUCUUGCGAAUUUGUACCGUCUGAACGAGCGAGCAAAAGCGCAGAAUGCACGGAGUUGGGGCUUUCGAGAGACCCUCUUUCGAUGUUGCUAUCCCGAAUUCACAGAGUCCGGAGACCUUCGAAGCCUCACAGGGACCGCACGCACAGCUCUUAACCGAAUGACACGCGAUAUACAUUUUGGGGCAAAGAUAUGUCGCUUCUCAGAUCGUGGUCCAACCCCCGAAGUAGUGCUAUUGCUUCAGCCUGCGAUUCCAGACACAUUUCUCCGCAAGCUUACUGCACCACAAAUGGACCUAUGGGCAGAUCUCGUAUACCGCUUAGCCAGCCUGAACAGCGGGAUUCUACGCUGUCUUUGGGAUGCAACCUUUAUGGUCGUGAAUCAUGCUGUUGACCUCAGCCGUUAUCGAUUUCCACUCGAAAAGAUGACCAUUGAAGUGCAAUGCGGGAUGGAUACCAUAUCCCAAGAAACAAUCGAGGCCUUACUAAGGCCGGUGCCAAUCUCGUCGCAACUUUCGUCGCCAGCCUGCGAUGAGAUGAAUAGCGCGGAAUGGCCGGAGGGCUUUCAACUUGUUGACGGGACUUCGGAAAGCUCUGUCGACGAAAGCGCCGAUGAUCAUCCUAUGCCGCUUGACAACUGUUUUGAUACGGUCCCUCAGAGGCCCUCGAUGCCACCUGCAGUGGUCCCCAACAGCAGUAGCUUUGGGGAAUAUAAUGAGCUCUACUGGUCUAUGGAUGCAUUCGAGCAUAGUGAUUGGAACAUGGUCUCGCGUUUGUGUCGUGGUGAUGUAGGAUAG